AUGGCUGAGAAAAAGAAGGGUCUUAAAAAGAAUCCUGGAUUUAGUUGGGUGGAAGGAAACAAAGGAAAGGAAUUAAAGGCUCAUGGAUACCAGCCAAAACUCAGUUCUGUUCCUUAUGAUGUAGCUGAUGAGGAGAAGAAGAUUAUAUUAAUGACUCACAGUGAGAAGUUGGCAUUGGCAUUUGGAGUGCUCACAACAAGUGCUGGCUGCAUCAUAAGAAUUAUGAAGAACAUGAGAAUAUGCGAAGAUUGCCACGUGUUAUGUGUGGUGCAUCUCAAGUCACAGGGAGUGAGAUUAUUUCUCAUUAUUAUGCAAGUACUGACCAGGAAGUCAUCUGAGGCAAGAAGCUUGAAUUCGAAUGAAACCAAUUUUGGUAAUUUGGUGUGCACUGCCGAGCAUCUUAGUUGGUCAAUACUCUGUGGCAAUUUCAGUCUUGUCUCCUAUAACAUUUUAGCACAGGUGGAAGAACGGUCAAAGGCAAUUGUAACUGUUCUGAAGAACUUUGGUGCCGACUUCCUAUGCUUAAGGUUUCAUUUACAGAGUGGGCAGAAGCGUGACGGGUGUGGAAUUUUUUAUAAGGACAACAGUGCAGAAUUGCUUGUUGAGGAAAGAAUAGAGUACAAUGAUCUUUUAAACUCACUGCAAGAUGAAAAUAUUUCCUGUGGUAAUAAACAGAAUGAUAUUCUGGCUGUAGAGAAUGAAGAUGCUGAUCCAAAGAACGGUUCAUCAUCAAAAAAGAAUACUUUAGAGGAUCGUGGAGAUCUUAAUGACCCUUAUGUAAGGUUAAAACGUGACUGUGUAGGAAUUAUGGCUGCAUUUAGACUCAAAGGUCCAUUUGUUCAUGUUGUUAUUGUAGCAAAUACGCACCUUUAUUGGGACCCAGAAUUGGCUGAUGUCAAACUUGCACAAGCUAAAUAUCUAUUAUCACGCCUAGAUCAGUUUAAAACACUGGUGUCAGGCAGAUAUGAGUGUGCACCUUCAGUUUUUUUGGCUGGUGACUUCAAUUCAGUCCCGAAUGACAAGGUCUACCAGUACCUUACUUGGGGCUACUCUUCCUUGGAAACACUGGCAGAAUGUACAGAAGAGCUUCCAAUUCCCUUAUGCAGUGUGCAUGCCGUUACAACAGGGGAACCAGCAUUUACAAACUGCACCCCUGACUUCACCAAUACUCUUGAUUAUAUUUUCUUCUCUCCGUCUGACUGCUUAAAACCAAUCAGUACCCUUGAACUUCCAAACUCAGAGUCGCCAGAAGUUGCUGGUUGUUUACCGAAUUACUACCACCCGAGUGAUCAUCUCCCAAUUGGUGCCGAAUUUAGAAUCACCAGGUGAUAAAAAUCAGGAACAAUAAGGAGCAAAUACAUACAUAUCCCUGAAGUUUACUUAUUCUUUUGUCCUCUAAGAACGCAGGAAAGUGAGUGGUCAUGCCGAAAUUUUGGUACCUGUCCUUGUUAACAGUUUAUUUUUCUUUAAUUUGUUUGAACAACUAUCUCUCUUUCAUUAGCCGCCCUAGAGUUGAAUAAGCUGACAUAGAUUGACAAUACGUUAGUGCUUAUAAUCUUCCAAACGUCAUUAGAAAUUAUUUUGCAAUGACAAGCACUACCGUUGCCAUUAUAUUUGAUUUUCAUUGGCUU